CUUUCACGAUGAUAGCCCAAUUGCUUCGCUCGUCGAAACGGCCUCAUGCGCUGACGUUCUCGCGCUUUUGCCAGUCGCAUUAUUCUACAGCUCCAUCCAAGCCCUCCCUGCAGCAUGUCGCGCAGCUGCGCAAACUCACGGAGGUCUCAAUCUCAAAAGCACGAGAAGCUCUUAGUCAAACCAACAACGACAUACAAAACGCCCUUGAAUGGCUGAAGAAUGAUCUUACAGCGUCAGGCAUAAAAAAGGCGGCGAAUGUCCAGGCUCGGGAGGCCCGGGAAGGGCUUGUUAGUAUGUGUAUACUCUCUGGGGGGAGCAGGGGGAAAACAGCCUUGGGUAGCGGUGGUAUUCGGGCAGCCAUGGUUGAAUUGAACUGCGAAACAGAUUUUGUUGGAAGAAACGCGCUGUUCUGCCAACUGGCAGCGGAUAUAGCUCAUACCGCUGCAUUUAUCACGGAUCCAACUGACUCUCCAACUCUCAUCAGAUCCUGUUCGCUGGACGUUCUGAACGAUGCCCCCCUGUUGUCUCAAAACAACCUCCAAUCUCAUUCGUCAUCUACGGUGUCGAGCUCUAUUAGAGACCUCAUUGCCAAAGUGGGCGAGAAGGUUUCCCUGAAGAGAGUUGUGACGAUCGUGCAAAGCCCAUUUUCGGGACAGUCUCCCAAUCUUGGUCUGCGUCUCGCGUCCUAUCUGCACGGAUCUGUGGGCUCCGCUCCUCAAGGUCGCAUCGGGUCCUUGGCUGUGCUCGCUCUGAAGUCUCCAGAGCUUGCACGCCGCCUUGAGAACGAGACCUUCGUCAAAGAUCUUGAACGCCUCGAGCGUGCACUUGCACGACAAAUCGCUGGCUUUGAUACUCGCUCGAUCAAGUCGUCGGACAGUGACGAGACGGCGCUGUACAACCAACCUUUCAUGAUGCCUGGAGGGGAGAGUGUAAAUGAGCCAGUGCGGAUUGCCCUAGAGAACUGGAGUAAACGACAAGGUCUUGUCAGGGAUGGAGAGGAAGGAGGUAUUGAAGUCCUGGAGUUCGCCAAGUGGAGUGUAGGUGAUAUCGUUGGAUAGAUUCAUUUAUCCUACUCGGACUGCCAGAUACCAGCACAUGAGUAUGCACACAUUGUCAAUACUUGGUUCAUUACUUUUUGCGUCCUAUCACAAGACUCCAUAGCUCAGUGGUAGAGCA